AUGUUACUAAAGGAGAUUUCUAAUGAUAAUUUAGAAGAUUAUUCGAAAAAAUUAAAAAUAUUUCCAAAUCUUUUAACAAUUUAUCAUUCCAUUGACACACAAAGAAGAGGGUUAUUUCCAUAUGCUGAACAUUUUGUUUUCGAAGGGAAAUAUAAAAAUGAAAGCAUAUAUUUUGUAUAUAGAGAAAAUAUUUACGUUACUUCUUUUUUAUUUAUUGGUAGUACAGCAACAUCAAUAGAAUUUGUUGAAAAACUAGAAGAAAUAUAUGAAGAAUUGUUUAAUAUUUUUCCAAAAAUAAAAGAAGUUUCAAGUUUUUUGACUAUUGGAGCUGCAUUUCUUACCAGAACAUUUAAUAAUUGGUAUGGAAAAUAUUUUGGUACAGAAAAAUCUGUUGAAUAUCCAACAUAUUUAUAUUAUAUGAAAGAAGAACAACAAUUAUUAACAAAAAAAUUUAUUCCUUCUUUUUCUAAUGAAUAUUAUUAUGAUAAUAAUAUAUCUGAUGAUGAUUCUUUGAUAAUAAAUACUACAUGGCGUCAUGCCAAAAAAGGAGAUCUUGAACAAACUAGGGCUAAAUUGAAACAUUUACCUUUUGCUUGCAUUAAAUUUAAGGGUAAACCAGUAUCAUUUGAAAUGAGCGAUCCUUCUGGAUUUUUAAAUCAUCAAUUUACAAUUGAAGAACAUAGAAAAAAAGGACUUGGCUUAGCAGUUGAACUCGAAUUAUCAAAAAAAAUUAUUGAUAUUGAUAGAGUACCUUACAAAACAGUUGAACUUUAUAAUAAAACUGUUUUAAAAAAUAGUGAUUUUUCACCAUACUGGACAAGAUGGGAUGAUGAAAGUGGUAAUCCAAUUGAAUUUCUUUUUAUUCCCAUAAUUAAAAAUUGA